ACUCCGUACAAGGGUUGUGUCCGCUAACCUCUGCUCUGCCGUGAUGUAGUCAGUAGUCACGUGAUUUAUACCUGUGUUCUGCUGUCACGCAAGGCAAAACUUGGCAAAACAAGGCAAAACGUGCAUUGUGGGACGUCUUCUUCUUUACUUCCUUGAUAGUUCGCUCUCUGACGAUUUUCAAGGAUGUCUCCCGAUCCUUGGGCCGCCCGUCAUGACAGGAACAAAGUUGAUUUAGCGUUCAUCGUAGACUGUACAGGAUCUAUGGGUUCUCAUAUCAGGCAGGCGCAAAAACACGUCCGAAGUAUCGCGGAAACCGUGGCGAGAACUGCUUUCAACGUGACACUCGCUCUGGUAGAGUACAGGGAUCACCCUCCGCAAGAUAACUCAUUUAUAACAAGAACCCACGACUUCACGCAUUCGCUGGAUGAAAUGAAAAGGUGGGUUGACGGUAUGAGCGCCAGUGGAGGCGGGGACGGACCUGAAUCAGUCGCUUGUGCUUUGGACGACGCUGCCAAGCUCAGUUACAGAAAAGAUGCCACAAAGAUUUGCGUUCUAAUUUCUGAUGCUCCACCCCAUGGACUUGGUCUGGAACACGACGGCUUCCCAGAUGGCUGUCCAACUGGAAAUGACCCUCUGAAGGCUUGCAGAAUGAUGGUUGAAAAAGGAAUUGUACUGUACUGUGUGGGAUGUGAACCCAGUAUCCUACGCUACAAAGACUUCUAUAUGGGCUUGGCAUACAUAACUGGGGGGCAGUACGUUCCACUUUCCAGAGCACAAGGCCUUUCACAGGUCAUCAUAAAUGGGACACUUGAAGAAGUGGCUCAAGAAAACCUCAUGGGAUAUGUAGAAGAUUACUUGUAUAUGGAACUGGCUAAGCGUCGUGCAGAGAAAAAGAAGACAACAGUUGACGACUUAGCUGAAGACCUCCAGAAGCAUCUGAGCCUCAGGAAUGUCAAGUGUCAGCAGCUGCAGUGUAAUGCAGAGGCACUUGAGCCUGCCUCACCAACAGCAAAGAAAAUUGCUGGCUUAAAAAAAUUGUCAGAAGUACGACAAUUGUUGAAAGAUGAGUCUCCAAUGGACUACCGAUCCUUCACUAACAUGCGUGUCACAUUGGAGGUGAGCAUAACUGCUCCAGCAGAAGUUACCAAAAACCAGUGUGGAAGGUUAAUUAUGAAGGAACUUGGUAGGGAAAAACAGCCUGUCACGCAUGAUGAACUGACUGGAGAACUUAUCAUUGAAGAAUUGUAAGAGGUUGCCAUGCCAUUUUUAUCGUUUCUUGUGAAAACAAUUUACAGAAAUGUGAAUUGACAAGAGAAUCUAUGGUAUUGAUCUCUAGAGGGCAACCCUAAGCAAAGAAUAUGGUAGUUUGCCUGUAGUUUUCGAGUGAUUUAUACGUGUUCAUAACACUCAGUAGUUGCAUAUUAAGAAACGACUUUUACAAUUUUAAUUUGACAAUUAGAAAACAAAGUCAUGUUUGCUUUAGGUGUGUGGUCAAUAAUGUAAACCUGAGCUAACUAUUGCUCAUAGACACCAAAGGGUAGUUGUCUUAUUGUUUUUGUUGACACCUGAGAGGUUUGCAAUUCAAACCAUAUUGUUUAAAUCAUUUGUAAGCCCCACAGUCAAGAAGAACUUUCUCUUUAAAGAGAAAUGCAUCCAUUAUUGUUUUAUAUCAGUGACUAGAUGGCCAUGGGAGAACCAAUCAAAUUGGAGUUGAACCCAGUCAUCUUGAACUUUCAGUGGAAAUGAAAAAUACUUUGAGAUAGAGGGGGUUCAAGAAUGCCAAUACCAAAAAGUGCUUUCCAAAGGGAAAAUGAUUUUAUUUGAGACUGUGAGGAGUUUGAGAUAUGUUAGACUGAGAUAGCAAAGUUCAAUUGUAUUGGAUUUUGAAAAGAACAUGCUGAGCAUCUAUGUACUAGCCUUGCAUAUUAUGCUUUUAGGAGUCCACUAACUUAUGUCAGUUUAUCAUCAUCUGUGGUACUGAAUUUUGCAGUAGUACAGUGCUUACAGAAUUGCUCCUGAACUAUAGAGGUUAAUAACAUUUUUGAAGUUGUACCCUCAGUGUAUUGCUCAAAACAGGUAAAUAGCACAUAGAUUAGAUUACAAUCAAUGCGACACAGUGGGAAGGUUGAGAGUAAAGCCCUGUCCAAACAGGAAAUGUUUGAUAACGAAACAUGAUCAAACAUUCUUUGGUGACUAUAACCAUUUUCUGUUUGGACACCUUUUUUUUUAUCGUGUUUGAUCGUGUUUCAUAAAAUUUGAACGUCGACAAACAUUUGAUCAAACACUGUAAAACAGUUUGCUCAUUUGGACGGUGAUCAAACAUGUUUGAUACUGUCUAGCCACUCAGUUCAACAUCAGCAUGUUUUGUAACCAAACAAUGUUUGAUGAUGUUUGGUUGCCAAACAUUUGCCGUUUGGACACAGCUUUAAUACCAUUGAGUAUUGUAUUGUACAUUUUAUGUAUUUUUUUGGUUCAAAACUUAGCACUGAAAAAGGGCCACGCCCAACAUGUCUGCUAAAUAGUUAAUAAAAUUUUCUGGCACUUUUUCAAUUACUACUUUUUGCACUUUGCCACACAGCCACAGAUCCUUUUGGAUUACUGCUAUUUGUUGUAUCUUUUUAUUGCAAGGUAUAAAUUUGAAUAGUCAUGCAAGGAUUUCAUCCACACAGUCAUGAACAUGUUGGAACCAUAUUAACUUUGUUAAGACUGUUUGAGUGCCUUCAGUUUGCCUGAUGUCAAUAUCAGUGACUUGAUUUUAGUGUCAGAUUAAAUUAUUGUUAAGUUAUAUUAAUAUAAUAUUUCAGUGAUUGUAAAUUCAUUGUUGUGGUGGAAGAUGUGUUGGCUGCCUUGAAAUAGAAUGAUUUGAAUUCAAGCUGGAAUAAAUGUUUGUUAGGUAA